AGCAAGCAAGUUCUUGGUACAUAUUUCAAUGAUAAAAAUCCGUGAAAACCAUGUAUUUAUUAAUAUAUGUAUGUUGUAUAUAUGCACGGCCCUCACGACUGGGUUGAAAGCACGAAGUUCCGUGCUUUAUGUGUUCAAAUAUUGAUAAAGGUAAUUUAAGACAAUUUUAAUAAACUUAGCAUGUUUCUUGUAAUGAUUAGCACAAUGCUGUAUAUAGCUCGGUAUUGAAUCUAUACAAUUAAUCGAUGAAUAAGGUUGAAUUGAUUGGAAGAGUGUGAACAUGUAAAUGGCGCACACAGACGAUCAUAAAUGGCCAUAAAUAACGUUCUUGGCAUUGGUAGACUUAUUUAUUGCUACUUCCGUGAUUCGCAAACUACACUUAAUACCAGGAUGUGGAUAGAUUAGGCCAUUAAUUUUAAUAAUAAAAAUGUUUGAGUGAAUGUGUAUUACAUUUCAAAACGAACGGAUCUAAACGAAUACAUGCAAGAUCUAGUCAUUGAAGACACUUAACGUCAUACCUCUAAGUCAGCACCCCCAAUAAUAACGACAGCAAUACCGUUUUAACGUCUUACGAUGGCGCGUCCUCUGACGUUGGAGCGUGUAUGGGCCGGGUUGGCGGUGGUUUACAAUCUGCAGACGUUCCCUCUCUUCGCCGCGUACAUCACCAUGAUAGUGCUCAGCGGCCAGUGGAGGAAGUUUUCAAAGCCUCUCAGUCUUAGACCGGUCUUGGUUGUGUACAACUUUACUGCAAGCGCCAUCAGUCUCUAUACCCUUGUCGGAUUUUUCGUCGGCUUAUACAACGCCGAGUCCUCGUUUGGCGCGUAUUCCGACGAACAACUGAGACCUGUGUUCAGAAUUUACUGGCUAACAAAGAUUUUUGAACUUCUGGACACCGUCUUUAUGAUAUUACGUCACAAAUCUCGUCAAAUUUCGCUGCUUCACGUUUAUCACCAUGGUAGCAUGUUGUUGCUGAGCGAUAUCGCCUACCAUCUAUUUCCGUAUCCGGCAAUGACGUCAUACCUCGGUUUGAAUUCUGCCGUUCAUGUGGUUUUAUAUAUGUACUAUGGAUUGAGUGCUCUUUAUCCUGAAAAUCCACCAGAGUGGAAAAAGUUUCUAACCCAGUUUCAGAUAGUUCAGUUUGCCAUUGACUUGGUGCAUGCUACCUAUGGGUAUAUAUACCACACGUACUGUAUAUAUGGUAUAUUUUAUGGUUUAAGUAUGUUUUGCUUAUUUAGUAAUUUUUAUUAUAGAGCCUAUAUCAAAACAAGAAAUCAAUCCAAAAAUCAGAAAGCUGACAAUGUGUCCAAUGGUGUAUGCAAUGGAGUGAAUGGAAUUAAAUCAAAAUAAUAUUGUCAACAUUGAUAUGACUCCAAUAGCUUUCGUAGGCAGCAAUAACAAUAGUAACGACAGGGCGUAUUUAUGUUGUAACUUGUAUUAUUUUUUAGAAUAUUUCCAUAAAAAAAACAUCAAAGUAAUUAGUUAAAAGGUUCAAAGUAGCUAUUUAUGCGUCAUAGUAUCUUUCAUUUAAUAUUCUCAUUUCAAUGUCCGUGCAAAACUGGAUCAUUAUUUUCUUUGCCUAAUUUCAUUGAGCAAUUUCAUGAUUUCUACGAAAUGACAUUGAUUGUGGAGAGACUUCAAACUAUAUAUCGAUAUCUGAAUAUACUCGUAGAUGUAUUACGUUUUGAUAUUAUUUACAGGUAUAUAAAUAUUUCAAAUCCACACAUGUUAUUGUUAAU